AUGACCAAAGAUAAGCAUAAGUUGUUAAGUAAUUUUAUCAAGAUGAAGCUUCCAGUAUUUCAUGGAACUGAGUUGGAGGAGGCCUAUGAGUUUAUAAUUGACUGCCAUGAGAAGCUACACCAGAUGGGGGUAGUUAAGAGAGAAGGAGAGGAUCUGUAUUUUUGUGAAGAGGUUGAACACCGGUCUUUAAAUUUCUGCUCUUUAGAUGACAUCUUCAGGUUUGUGAAGGGGUUUGCUUCUAUUGCUACUCAUUUGAUGCGGUUGACUAAGAAGGAUAUACCAUUUCUUUGGUCUGAUAAGUGUGAGGAGAGCUUUGAAAAACUUAAGAACUUAUUGACUACCGCUCCUAUUCUUGCCUUGUCGGUAGAGGGUAACGAUAUUAUUAUUUAUUAUGAUGCCUCAUGUUUUGAUUUAGGUGCUGUGUUGAUGAAGGAAAGGAAAUUUUAUUGCUUAUGCUUCGAGACAAUUGAAGCCCAAUGA